AAACAACCUUAGCAACAACCACGUGGCAAUAGAUAUAAUAUAAGCCAACUCUCCUUUCUUCUUCAUUCUACAACAAGUCUCUCUCUUUCUUUCUCUCACUCUCUCUAUUGGAGAGGACAAGAGAAGAUGGGGGAGAUGUCGAACAACCAAUUGGGAGUGAUGGGCGCACUGUUCCUCUCCGUGGCGUCGUCCGUCUCCAUAGUCAUCUGCAACAAGGCCUUGAUGAGCAAUCUUGGUUUCCAAUUUGCCACAACACUUACCAGUUGGCAUCUGAUGGUAACAUAUUGCACUCUCCACAUUGCAUCGCGCCUAAAUUUCUUCGAAAACAAGACAAUUGACAUGAAGACAGUGAUGGUCUUUGGCAUUCUGAAUGGCAUCUCCAUUGGAUUCCUGAACCUCAGCUUGGGAUUCAACUCCAUUGGCUUCUAUCAGAUGACAAAACUUGCAAUAAUUCCUUUCACAGUCAUGUUGGAAACUCUGUUCCUCAAGAAGCAAUUCAGUGACAAGAUAAAGAUCUCUUUGUCAAUACUACUACUUGGAGUUGGCAUUGCAUCUGUGACCGAUCUUCAGCUAAACCUCGUUGGAACCAUUCUGUCGCUCAUAGCCAUUCUAACAACUUGCAUUGGCCAAAUUUUGACAAACACAAUACAGAAGAGGCUAAAUGUGUCAUCAACUCAGCUUCUGUAUCAGUCAUCUCCAUUCCAAGCAGCCAUUCUAUUCGUCAUCGGCCCCUUCUUGGACCAGUGCCUCACCGGACAGAACGUCUUCGCCUACACAUACUCCCCCAGUGUCAUGGUUUUCAUAUUGCUGUCAUGCUUGAUUGCUGUGUUUGUGAACUUCAGCACAUUCUUGGUGAUAGGCAAGACUUCUCCUGUUACAUACCAGGUUUUGGGGCAUCUUAAGACAUGUCUUGUUCUUGGAUUUGGGUAUACUCUGUUGCAUGAUCCUUUCACUUCAAGGAACAUCUUUGGCAUACUUGUUGCCAUGGUUGGGAUGGGAUUAUAUUCUUACUUCUGCACUCUUGAAACCAAGAACAAGCACACCCCUUCUCUCUCCUCCCAGGUUAAAGAGAGGGAAAGCACACCGCUGUUAGUGAGCCAUCUAGACAAAGAGUCUAAAUUUCAAUUGUUUAAAAUAGAGGCCCAUGCCUGAUUUUCGGUUAAUCAAACUUUUCUUAAUUUUCUCCUUUUCUUUCAGCUUAAACAUUUUGAUUAUAUUUAAGUAAUAAGAUUCCAUGGUUAUUGGUUAA